AUGGGUGCAGAGCUUGGGAGCCUGCCCAGGGCUUCCACAGGCACCGCCGUCAUGAUUCAUGCUCCGGCAGCGCUUGGAAGCGGGCAGAGGAGGGAACCGAGGACGCCGGUGGGGAGGCGGCUCUGCCUUGGAGCACCCAACAGAGAUCGGAGCCGGACCGGCACUCGGGAGCACCGCUGCGCACCCAGCAGCGUCGCGUCCUCCGACAGGCUGCGAGAGGCUGGCUCUCCAAUCAGGCCGCGGACCCCAAGCCGACCAGUGCUGCGCGCGAGUGGCUUCCUCAUCGUCUUCACCGUGGUGGGCAACGUGCUGGUGGUGAUCGCGGUGCUGACCAGUCGAGCCCUGCGUGCGCCGCAGAACCUCUUCCUGGUGUCGCUGGCCUCAGCCGACAUCCUGGUGGCCACGCUGGUCAUGCCUUUCUCGCUGGCCAACGAGCUUAUGGCCUACUGGUACUUCGGGCAGGUGUGGUGCGGCGUGUACUUGGCGCUCGACGUGCUCUUCUGCACCUCGUCCAUCGUGCACUUGUGCGCCAUCAGCCUGGACCGCUACUGGUCCGUGACCCAGGCCGUCGAGUACAACCUGAAGCGCACGCCGCGCCGCGUCAAGGCCACCAUCGUGGCCGUGUGGCUCAUCUCGGCCGUCAUCUCCUUCCCGCCGCUCGUUUCGCUCUACCGCCAGCCCGACGGCGCCGCCUACCCGCAGUGCGGCCUCAACGACGAGACCUGGUACAUCCUGUCCUCCUGCAUCGGCUCCUUCUUCGCGCCCUGCCUCAUCAUGGGCCUGGUCUACGCGCGCAUCUACCGCGUGGCCAAGCUGCGCACGCGCACGCUCAGCUUCUUCCUGUCGCGCCGCCGCCGGGCGCGCAGCAGUGUGUGCCGCCGCAAGGUGGCCCAGGCGCGCGAGAAGCGCUUCACCUUCGUGCUGGCGGUGGUCAUGGGCGUGUUCGUGCUCUGCUGGUUCCCUUUCUUCUUCAGCUACAGCCUGUACGGCAUCUGCCGCGAGGCCUGCCAGGUGCCCGGCCCGCUCUUCAAGUUCUUUUUCUGGAUCGGCUACUGCAACAGCUCGCUCAACCCGGUCAUCUACACCGUCUUCAACCAGGACUUCCGGCGCUCCUUCAAGCACAUUCUCUUCCGACGGAGGAGACGGGGCUUCAGGCAGUGACCCGCGCGCCCCGCUCGCGCGGAGACCCUGGACAGCUCCGGGCGGAGGGGCGGGCUGGCGUGCCCCACCCCCACCCCGGAAGAAAGCGGGA